AUGAAGAACCCCAAGCGAGUCAUCCAAAAGCUGGCGAGCGAUGGGGACCACGACAAUACCCUCCCGAUGCUUAGCAUCGCCGAUACCACAAGGAACAAGAUUGUAUCAGGGUUAGGAGAGUUCUGCGGCACAUUUCUUUUCCUGUUCUUCUCCUUCGCCGGAACGCAAGUUGCCAAUGUGGUAGCAGCAGCCAGUGCAUCUAAGGAUACCCUGACAGUCAUCCUCUUCGUCGCUCUAUCCUUCGGUGUCUCGUUGACGGCUAACGUUUGGGCAUUUUACCGAGUCAGUGGAGGGCUAUUCAAUCCCGUCGUUACGCUAGCUCUCGUAGUCUGUGGCGGACUACCGGUACUCCGUGGCCUUCUCAUCCUGCCCGUGCAGAUAAUAGCGGGAAUAUGCGCAGCAGGCAUUGCGUAUGCUAUGUUUCCCGGGCCUUUGGUGGUCGACACGCUUCUUGGAAACGGGACAAACACGGCACAAGGCUUUUUCAUCGAGCUGAUCUUGACCGCUCAGCUUGUUUUUGUCAUCUUGAUGCUCGCCGUUGAGAAACAUCGCUCAACCUUUCUUGCACCCGUCGGAAUCGGCGUGUCAUUCUUCCUGUCGGAACUGGUUGGAGUCUACUUCACAGGUGCCUCGCUAAACCCCGCUCGGUCAUUUGGACCAGCUGUGGUCAAUCGCCAGUUUCCUGGUUAUUUCUGGAUCUACGUGUUCGGGCCUACGUUCGGGUCUUUACUAGCUUGCUUGCUGUACGCUGUUUUGCGGUGGUUGAGGUAUUAUGAGGUCAAUCCUGACCAAGAUGCGGACGGUCAGGACGAGGAUGCUGAGGCGGCUGCGAAGGAUUGA